GGCCAGGUCAUCUUUUGAAAGAUGAGACGGAUCUUGAAUUAUGUAUGACUUCAAAAAGAAUGAUACAUUAGCCCCCAAGUGUCAGGGAUGUUGCUUGCAACAGUUCCGAAACUUGUCUCCCCAAUUUUUUUUUGCAGGAAUCCGUGACACGGGCCGAGUCAUCCCUUGCUGACUUGAAGAAAAACUUAGCCGAACAACAGAAUGCUCGGACUGAAUCUAAAGAGAAUUGGCCCUUGCUGAUAUGGAGAAAAUGAAUGCUGACCACCAAAAAUUUGAGAAGAAAGCCAAUGUUGAUCAAGCCGCCAUCAUGAAGCGGGCGGAACAAGCCGAGGCAAAGCUAGAAGCCGCCCUACAAGAGCUCUCCGGGUUAAAAAAGCAUAUCUCCAACAUGACCCAAGCCAUCUUUGGGUCGCGAGUCGCCAAUCUCCAAGACGACUGCAUCAUGAAGCUGAAGGCGGUUUACACCUUUACAGAGAAGCUGUAUACGGGAAGCAUGAUGACGAUGAAGGCAGUGAUGGGCAACAAGGAGCCAAUUAAAUCCAUCAAGAAUAUGCUGGGUUGCCUGUCAACGUUGCCACCCCAGGUAGAUGAACUAAAGAGGUCAACCGCUGAUAACCCACAAGUAUAGGGGAUCGCAACAGUUUCGAGGGUAGAGUAUUCAACCCAAAUUUAUUGAUUCGA